AUGUGCAGGCGGUACGCAAGCAAGGUGGCAGGGCUGAGGGACAUCUUCAGCGAGUUUGGGCUGAUCAAGCGGCGGGUGCUGGUGGAGAUCAGGUGGCUGCAGCAGCUUGCUGCCAUCCCAGAGGUCACCGAAGUGCCGCCCUUCAGUGAGGAGGCCAACCAGCUCCUCAACACCCUUGCAGAGAGCUUCAGCGUAGAGGACGCACUUGAAGUCAAACAGGUGGAGAGCAUUACAAACCACGACGUGAAGGCCAUCGAGUACGUGCUGAAGAAGCGCUUCCAAGCAAAUGCCGAGCUUGAAAAGGUCCUUGAGUUUACCCACUUUGCCUGCACCAGCGAGGACAUCAACAAUUUGGCGCAUGCCCUUAUGCUGAAGGAUGCAAUGUCAGACCAUGUCCUCCCUUCCAUGACCAAGGUGGUGGACGAGAUUGCACGGCUUGCUGAGGAGUUUGCGGAGGUUCCGAUGCUGGCACGCACACAUGGGCAGACAGCCUCCCCAACAACUCUCGGCAAGGAGAUGGCCGUCUUUGCCUACAGACUGGCACGCCAACAGCAGCAGGCAACUCAAGUGGAGUUCCUUGGCAAGAUGGCAGGCGCUGUUGGCAACUACAACGCUCACCUGUCUGCCCACCCCACCGUGGACUGGCAAGCGGUUGCCCAGCAGUUUGUGGCGUCUCUUGACCUCGACUGGAAUCCUUACGUCACCCAGAUAGAGCCGCACGACUACAUAGCGGAGCUGUACGAUGCAGUGGUGCGCUUCAACAACAUCCUGCUGGACUUUGACCGCGACGCCUGGGCCUACAUCUCCCUCGGCUACUUCAAACAGCGCACCAUCGCCGGCGAAGUGGGCUCCUCCACCAUGCCCCACAAGGUGAACCCCAUCGAUUUUGAGAACAGCGAGGGGAAUGUGGGGGUGGCGAAUGCGAUGAUGCUGCACCUGGCUGCCAAGCUGCCUGUCAGCAGGUGGCAGCGCGAUCUCACAGACUCCACAGUGCUGCGAAAUCUGGGGGUCGGCCUGGGCCACUCCCUGCUUGCCUACUCUUCCACCCUCCGAGGCAUCAGCAAGCUGCAGCUGAAUGACGCCAAGCUGGCGGCUGACCUGGACACCUCCUGGGAAGUCCUGGCGGAGCCCAUCCAGACUGUCAUGCGCAGGUAUGGCGUGGAGGAACCUUAUGAGAAGCUCAAGGCGUUCACCAGGGGCCAGGCAGUGACGCAGGAGAGCAUGCGCGAGUUUGUGGCCGGCAUUGACGGCCUGCCGGACUCCGCCAAGGCUGAGCUGGCACGACUAACCCCCGCCACCUACACAGGCAAUGCUGCCGCACAAGCGCGCGAUCUGGGCAGAUGGCUCUCAGCCCUGCGAUGA